AACAGUCCUGACCCAGUGGUGAGAGAGGCUUUCCUGAUGGUCCAUGACUAUAUAGACUACGUGACCACAGGGGGGGCAGAUGGCACGAUGGGUCCUGCCCCGACAGCCUGCACCGCCGCCCUGCGCCACGCCGGGGACGAGCUCCUCAACCGCUUCCCCAUCUUCUUCCGUCGCUGGCCUCGUAUCUUCCAGGACGUGACCGAGAACUCGGCCUGCUCCAUGCUCACAGGCAUCCUGGAUGAGCACUUCUUCCCUCCGGUCCCUAGGGGGCGCAAUAGGGAGCUGGCCUGGAGCGCGGUGCUGUCUGUGUAUGUGCUGGCCGGACAGAUGGCUCUGCACUGCCACGAGAGGGGCAUGCUGGGGGUCCUGCCUCAGCUGAAGGAGAGCAUAGGGGCGUAUGUGGAGAGGGUCAUCUGCCCUGACAUACGGGAGAAGGGAGGAUGGAGUGGCUUUGUGUCCCGCUUUGGAGCGAAGCAGGGCUUGGAGAGCCAGGUGAAGAAGGUGUGCUGUUGGACUCUGCUGGCCUUGGCUGUGAGCAUCCUCACCUACUGCGUUUGGAAGAGAGUGGUUUAGCCAACACUGCCA